GCUGCGCGAGAUGUUUCCCAAUAUCAGACGGUGACGUCACGGUGCGUGUUUCUGGCCGCUGACGUCAGCAGCGUUGUUGCAGAGUCACUGCGGUUCGUCUGUAAACAAGCCGAAGAAAGAAAAGUCUCCUGUAAGCGACCUGUUUGUGUCCGCUGCUGGUCCCCGGUGGGUUAAAUACUCCGGAGCGGCUCUCAGAGACGAGUCCAGCCAUCCGGACGCGGGUUUUCUUUCUUUAAAUAAAGGCGCAGGUCGUGUUUUCGCGGAGACUCUACGGAGCAAACCUUCAAGCUAGCUACGGCUAGCCUGUCAGUCACUUUAGCUUAGCUUAGCUGCCGUUAGCCUCGCUGGCUAGUCAACAUCCAGGGGCCUGCUGGGAGGGAAACACCCUGUAUGCACUGGGCAUAUCUCUCUGCACUGCGACCAGGAUAUCCUGAACCCUGGGUGGCUGGUCAGAGCGGCCUCCUCCCACCAUGGAGGCAGGAGGGAAGGACUGCGAAGAGGAAACGCUGCAGACGGCCUUCAAGAAGCUGAGGGUUGAUGCUGAGAGUUUACCUGGAGCGGUGAGUGUUUCGGAGGCGUUGGCUCCCAGAGUAGCAUCACGCGCUUGUCUUGACACCAGCGGAGCGAAGCCCAAACUCGGCUGCCCGAAGGACAACUGGCACGGCUGCAUGAGGAAAACAUCUAGAGGAGCGUCCAGAAGCCAGCGGCGUCGGAGGUCCAAGUCCCCCAUCCUCCACCCUCCGAAGUUCACCUACUGCAGCUCCACUGCAGCCUCUGCACUGUCGACCCCUAGUGGCUGCCUGAAGCACCAGCGCCUGGCCGUGCCUGAAGCCUCUGAGCCUCGUCCUGCAGUCGAAGGAAGAAGCGCCUCCUCUGCAGCCGUCCCGGCCCAGAAAGAGCUCUCUUCUUCUUCGGGCUCUCCCAGCCACAUCUCGCCUCUGGUUUUUGGGUCUUGUGCUGGGUAUGAGACGCAUAUCGGGGCUGUGGUUUCCUCGCCGUCCUUACAAGAGAUCCCCGCUGUCAUUGCUACUGUCGCGACAUCAACCCGGCAGGAUGGAGGAAGCUCCGGAGAAGCCCGGUCGACCGAGGAGAAAAGUGCCUGUGACGGAGCAGAGUCCGGAGCCGGAGCACCUCGGAUAACCGGACCAGCAGACGCCGCUGACUUCCGGGCUUUAUCCGAGCUCCACAGUAGCGGCUCCGCAGAAGGCCCCCAGGCUCCCUGCUCCUGUGGCUGGAGGAAUAGUUCAGACUCCCAGGAAAAGAGCCCGCAGGGGGCCGAAUCUCAGUGCCAGUGCCAGACCAGUCAUCAGGGCUGGCACGGCGUGGAGGUGUACUCCUUCACGGGGCUCCGCAAUGUCAUCUCCGAGUGCGAGAGGAGCCUGCCGGGCCACGAGGACCCCACCAGAACACUCGGCACCAACAGCACUGCCGCCACGGCUCCGUCAUCGUCGUCGUCUACGUCGGGCUCCCCUCGCUCGUGUUCGGAGCAGGCACGAGCCUACGUAGACGACAUCACGAUAGAGGACCUUUCUGGCUACAUGGAGUAUUAUCUCUACAUCCCCAAGAAGAUGUCACACAUGGCUGAGAUGAUGUACACUUAAAAAGUAAAAAAAUAUAUAUAAUUAUGAAAUCAUAAUAGAAUAAUAAGAGAUUUUUUUCUGUUGUUGAGAGAAAAGGUGGCCUCGAAGGAAUGUCAGUAGAGGGUAGAAACUGGAUCUGGCAUGAAAGUUUAAUUAUACAACUUUAACUGAUUUUAACGCAGGUUGAAAUGUGUCCACCCCCCCUCACCCCGCUCAUUUUACUAAAACUGACAAAUUACGCCAUCUGUUUCUCAUUAAUUUUGACUUUCUACAUGGAGUUUUGUUUUGUUUUCAGGUUUGAUUUUCAGUUUACAAAUGGAAGUUGCCAAAGCUUUUUGGUGCAGGGUCUCUGAGGGAGAUAAUCGUAGGAACAUGCAGACGUGUAAUGCCAAGUGUUUGUGGUGUUGUGACCUUGAAAAGUCGCCUGUCUGGUUUUCAUUUCACUCAAUAAAAGGAGCAAACUGUGUUGGAAAA